CGGAUGACAUCUACAGACGGAAAUUGCAAUCGCAAAAACGAGACUCAGCCAAUGUUGCCAAUGAGGUUUCUCGAUUAUUCCGGCUUGUAGCUUGUUACACGUAGGUCUAACACGUAGAUGUAUCGAAUAGGUGAACCUGUACGAUUGUUUAUUGCUGACGUAUAAAAUUGCUGUACUAGCCAGUGAAAUAUUUCUACCUUAAGGUUUCGUCGUGUGAGAAACGAGUAACACGAUGGCAGACAACACUAGUGAGUCGUCACCACAAUUGGAAAAGGGAUGGUCAGGAUUGAAGCAGCACAUUACGGAGAAUAAAAUUAAUUUUGGGUUAUGGCUUACGAGAUGUUUCACUAUCAUAUUCACCAUUGGUUAUAUCAUUCCUAUAUUUGGCAAUCCUUUUAAUAUAUAUUACAAAAUAUUGAUGAAUAAUGCAGCAACGAGCGCAUUGCGACUUCACCAAAGAGUGCCCCGUGUACAGAUCACUAGGCAAUUUUUAGAAAUGUUAUUAUUGGAAGAUUCGUGCCACUAUUUGUUCUACUCGCUGAUAUUUUUGUAUACAGCGCCGGCUACAUUGGUACUCACGCCAGUUUUCCUGUUCGCUCUGUUACACAUGGCCAGUUAUUCUCUUGCAUUACUAGACUGUCUAGGACAGAACAGUUGGUGGGGCGCUCGUCUUGCGAUAUCCUUGGUAGAAUUCCAAUCGCGAAAAAUUCUCCGUCUGUGCGCUCUUUCGGAGAUUAUUAUCUUGCCAUUUACAGUUUUCCUAGUAUUCACGAGUCGCGCUGGUUUAUUAACACCAUUCAUCUACUACCAGUUCUUGAAGCUGCGUCUUUCAUCUCAAAGGAAUCCAUACACGCGUAAUGUAUUCUACGAGCUCAGAAACGGAUUGAGCAGCGUAUCGAAAAAGCCGGCGGUUCCUGAUAUCGUACGAAGAAUGAUCGACGGCCUGCUUUCGCUCACUCAACAAAUGGCACCGGUCCGCCAAUAAUAACUACUUGAGAUACUAUCCUCGAAUUUUUUCUCAUAUUGUUCAAGACAGAUCUCCUAGGGUUCUAGGGUCCACUCUCAGCGACACACUUUCGUGAAUAGCUAGCGCAAGAUGAGUGCCGACAUCAAAAAGAUCCCCCAUAGUAAAUAUGUAUUAUGAAAUGAUUUCCGAUAUCGUAUAUGAAAAGGAUCAAAGCGUAAAGGGUUUCUUACAUUAAUAAUUAAACUUUUUUCAUUACUGAAUGUCGAGUAAAUAUGUAAGUGUGUUUCAAACUAAUUAUUAUCAAGUAGAAUUCACCCACUUAAUCGAAGAUUUACACAAACUGGUGACUAGGUUUUGUUGUUUGUAUUUUAUAUUUUUCAGAAUAAUAAGAUCGCGAACAAAAUAAUUAUGCACACGUAUUAACCACAUGGUUUCAAACGUAAUGUGAAUUUAAACCAUGAAUUUGUAAUAAAUAGGUAAUGGUAGAGUUUGUAAUAUAGAUAGAUCUUGUAUGUGUUGAUUCCUUUGACUAGCUAACUUGUUUCAUUUCGUCUGGCUUUAUGAUAUUUAAGCAUAAAAUAUCUAUUAUAUAAAUUAAAAGAAUAGACUUCGGAAAUAAUUUACAUUAUUUCUGAAUAUUGAAACGACAAAUUCGUCAUCUCUUUGAAACAAGCUCAAUUUGUAUAUGUAUUAUAUUUGUUUCGUCAAUUCUCCUAGUAUAGAUCUGUAAAUUCUAUUUUCUCUCUCUGGUAUUUAACAUUUACCACGUUUAACACUUUGCUAUAUUUGAUUGAUACAUAGUUUAUCACAAAGGUCCCGGCUCUCGUCUAUGGGUGACGGUUUUUAAUUAUUAAAUUGUUAUCAAUUAAGAACAAUUUUAUCAAUGUUUACAUACGGAUAUUUUUAAUGGAAAAAAUAAAAUGUUCAUAUAACGUAUUGGAUGUGUUAAGAACAAAAUUAUUCAAGGUUACAUUUAUUUUAUAUACAUUAGGAAGUAGUAAUCCGAGUAAUAUAUCGGAUGCUUUUGGAUGAAAAGAUUUCGGUUUCAUAUUUUACAUCGGAGAAAUGUUAAGAUUAGAGAUAUCAGGUAUGAAAUAUCACUUAAUAGUAAAAGUGUGAGUUCAAUCUUUUCAUUAAUAUGGGGUCGAUGUGGUUUGCUUCAAGCAAUCUGACUCGACGAACUUUACGUACGAUUGCACACGGCUGCCAGAGAAUUUAGGUUUGGUGGUGUUUGCGCUCGAAUUCAGAAGUGGCGGUCAAAGUGUUAAAUGUAUCUCGGAGUGACUUUGUAAAUGAAAAGAACUAUCAACAUACUGGUGUAACAAGUAAUCUUAAGAUGUGCUCGAUAAAUCUUUAUAAAUAAAAUAUGAAAAUUUAUAACAUA